AUGACAGAACAGCCCAUCUUCACCACCAGAGCCCAUGUCUUCCAAAUUGACCCCAGCACGAAGAAGAACUGGGUUCCCGCAAGCAAGCAGGCUGUAACUGUUUCCUACUUCUAUGACAGCACGAGAAACAGCUAUCGGAUUAUCAGUGUGGAUGGAGCCAAGGUGAUCAUAAACAGCACAAUCACACCUAACAUGACCUUCACGAAAACAUCGCAGAAGUUCGGCCAGUGGGCGGACAGCAGAGCAAAUACUGUGUUUGGUUUGGGCUUUCCCUCCGAGCAGCAGCUGACGAAGUUUGCAGAGAAAUUCCAAGAAGUAAAAGAAGCUGCCAAACUAGCAAGAGACAGAUCUCAAGAGAAAAUUGAGACCUCAAGCAAUCAUUCCCAGGAAUCUGGACGUGAAACACCAUCUUCCACUCGAGCAUCUAGUGUGAACGGGACAGACGAUGAGAAGGCAUCACAUGGUGGUCCUGCUGAGGCACAUCUCAAGUCUGAGAAUGAUAAAUUAAAAAUUGCUCUAGCCCAAAGUUCAUCCAACGUGAAGAAGUGGGAGACGGAGCUGCAGACGCUGCGGGAGAGCAACGCCCGGCUGAGCACGGCGCUGCAGGAGUCUGCGGCCAGCGUCGAGCACUGGAAGAAGCAGUUCUCCGCCUGCAAGGAGGAGAACGACCAGCUCAGGAGCAAGAUUGAAGAACUGGAGGAACAGUGCAAUGAAAUAAACAAAGAGAAGGAAAGAAAUGCGCAGCUGACUAGACGUCUCCAGGAGCUGGAAACGGAACUUCAGGACAAAGAGCUGGAACUGGAAGAGCUCCGAAAGCAGGGGGAAAUUAUACCACAGCUAAUGUCAGAAUGUGAAUCUGUAUCUCAACAAUUACAG